CCAAAGAUAACAGAUAAUACCGGAAUGAUGGUGGAUUUAAAUGGUGACGAUCUUGAUAUUUUGAUUCGAUCUGAGUCGAAUAACUAUGAUCGGAUGAAAGAAUUGAAAGCUUUCGAUGAAACCAAAGCCGGGGUUAAAGGAUUGGUUGAUGCAGGAAUUAAAGAGAUCCCAAGGAUUUUCAUUUCCACAACAGCCGAGGAUGAUGACAUCAAGAAGAACGCCGGAUCACCAUCGAAAGAAUUUAGCAUCCCUGUUAUAGACCUCGGAGAAAUUAACAAAGGGGAUGAUCAUCAACGAAAGUUGAUCAUUGAUCAAGUCAUAAGUUCAUGUGAGAACUUUGGUUUCUUCCAAGUAGUGAACCAUGGUGUUCCCAUAAAUCUUAUGGAUGAAAUGCUCCAAAAAGUCCGCAUGUUUCAUGAACAACCUGCCGAGGCUAGAGCUGCUUUUUAUACACGUAAUCUUGGAGGAAAAUCUAAUUACUUGAGUAAUUUUGAUCUUUUCCAAGCACCAUCCGCUAACUGGAGGGACACUUACUACUGUUUCAUGGCUCCCACACCUGCAAAACCGGAAGAAAUUCCAAUUAUUCUAAGGGACACUAUGAUGAAGUACUCAGAUCAUAUAGAAAAAUUAGGUUUGGAAGUGUUCGAAUUAGUCUCAGAGGGUCUGGGAUUGAAGCCAAACUAUCCAGAGUGUUGGGCUCUCCUAUGUCACUACUAUCCAGAGUGUCCCCAACCGGAACUCACUAUUGGCACAUCCAAACAUGCUGAUUCAGAUUUUCUCACUAUACUGCUGCAAGAUAAUCAUAUUAGUGGUCUGCAAGUACUCCAUCAGAAUCAAUGGGUUGAUGUUCCUCCUGUGCCUGGUGCACUCAUUGUGAACGUCGGUGAUCUUUUGCAGACAAGUCUUAUGUCCAAUGAUCGGCUUAAGAGUGUGGAGCACAGGGUCCUGACCAACCUUGAAUAUCCCCCAGCAUCAGUUGCGUGUUUUUUUCAUGGCACACAUCUGGAACAACCAACAAGGAAGUAUGGACCUAUUAAAGAGUUGUUGCUAGAAACCGACCGUCCUAAAUAUGGCGAAACAGCCAUAGACGAGUAUAUAAGACACUAUAAUGCAAAAGGUCUUGACGGGAAAUCUGCACUAACAUUAUUCAAGCUUUGA